AUGGGCUUUGCGCCGCUCGACUGUGUCAGGCUCCUGGCACGCACGACGGCAGAAAUCGCAGUCGGACCAUCGACCCUGGACCUUCUCUCGAAGCUCACAGGCUGGCUCUCCUGUGCAGGCGGUCCGUCGCUCGCGCUUCUCUGGCUUUGGCUGUUUGGCGAUAUUGGACAAGUCGUGGGAAUGUUCCUGACGGGUGCGCUGUUGACGCAGAAAUUCUCGGGAAUAUGGUUCUUCGUCAGCGACGUCAUCCUCAUCCUGCUCACCUCCAUCGAGCGCGGUCACUUCGGCAAGCGUUUCAGGCGAGGAGAUCGUGUCCAGCCGCCUGUAGCGGGCCGGAAGAAGCGAUGGUGGCUGGACUUCGACUCGUGGAAGGUGAACGUGUUGGUACUCGCGCUUGUCGUCGUCGGAGGCACCACUGCCUGGGUCGUGAUCGACUACGUGCACCGAGAUACGGAACCGCCUCUCGAGCCGAGCACGACGCCGCACAACACCUCGAGCAGGAUUGGUUGGGCGCUGGGUAUGCUCGGACUGCUCUGCUACAACCUUCCUCGGAUUCGCCAGAUCCUCCUCAUUCGCCGGCAGCGGACUCUCGGCAACAUCUCGCUUUACAUGUACCUGUGGCUCAUCGCACAGAACUUGACAAUGCUCGUUAGCAUUCUCGCAAUAACUCCGCCAGAAGGUUCCGCUGCUCUGAGGCACUUCUUCGGGCAGGCGCCCUUCCUCGGUGGCGCGCUCUUCGCGCUUGCGAACGACUUGAUCAUCCUCGGACUGUAUUUCCGCUACGACCACGGCAAACCUCAUCACGAAGCCGCCAACGACGGCUCUGAUGGCGACUCCGAUGCAGCUGACAUGGCCGAAGCGGGCCUGCUCUCGGAAGACGAGCGAUCCCAUUCGACGAGUCGACCUGAGGGACGAUCGCGCGACCGUCACGCUCGGCUCGAACGGCUCAGCAGACAGCACGACGAGUCGCUUCGGCUGGAGGAGAAGCGUGCACGAGGUGGAGCUGGACAGCUGCCCAUUCUUGCGAGGCGACGCCUGGCGACGGAACUCGACCACCGAGCGGCCAAGGACGACCAGCAGUGGCGUGACUUCGAGGCUAGCCAGAGCUCACAAGGCAGUGGCUCGAGUGGCGACGAGGCGAGCGAAUCGAGGCGUCGGCUUCAAGACAAGCGGCGGAGGCUCGAGGACCUCCGCACGAGCAGGCGGCGGUCAGACGGAAGAGCGGAGGCAGCUAUCGACGAGGAGCUGCGGACGCAUCCUCUGCGCGAGCACAUCGACCGUCGGAAGGCCGAGCCCAGCGGACGAACCAGCUCGACCGAGCGCGAACACCGAUCGAGCGGCUCGUCGGAGGACCACCUACGACGACCAAGCCAGCGUUCAACUCGCUCAAUCGGCAAGAGGGUCUUUCAUCCUCGGCGCGGCGUCGGGACGGACUGGUAG